AGUUAAAAUUAGGGCCAGUCCUGCAGGACCGGCAUGCCAGAUGCGGGGAGGCCGUCCCCAGAAAUAAGCUGGUUCCCACCACAGAUGGGCGGGGCGGAGGCCUUCUGUCCCAACCCCGCGGAGUGGCUCCUGAAAGGCCUGCCCCCACCAAGUGUCUGCAAGGGGUCUGGUCCCAAGCUUUAAAACCCUGAGCCGAGGCACUGCAUCCCGACCUCUCCUCUCCCAGACAGUCCUGGCUGGCUUUUCAAAAGUGUGCAGUUGUCUCCUCCCCGCCCAGCCCCAUCCUCUCCCAGGACCAGCUGUGCGGCGCGGGCCGGCCUCAGUAGGAGACGCGGUCAGAUCCGUGGCUGCAGCAGAGCGAGCCGCUCUCUCCAUUCUGAAGCUUGAGGUUUCCUCUAAACUCCAGGAGCUUUGCAAAGUUGGGCAGCUCCGAGUGCACGCUUUGCCUCUCGACUUCUCCCUCCCUGGGUCCCCGGCGCCCCCUCCUCCCACGCUCCCUUCCACUGGGAGCUGCUAGUCCCAGCGGUCUGGCGGCUUGCACCUUUUUCUGGUCCUCCGCCCUGAAGCGCCACCAUGCUGUUAAGGGGCGUCCUCCUGGCAGUGCAAGCCCUGCAGCUUGCCGGUGCCCUGGACCUGCCCGCUGGGUCCUGUGCCUUUGAAGAGAACACCUGUGGCUUUGACUCGGUGUUUGCGUUCCUGCCGUGGAUUUUAAAUGAGGAAGGCCAUUACAUUUAUGUGGACACCUCCUUUGCUAAACAGGGGGAGAAAGCUGUGUUGCUAAGUUCUGACUUACAGGCUGAGGAAUGGAGCUGCCUCCGAUUGGUCUACCAGAUAACCACAUCUUCUGGGUCUUCAUCAGAUCCCAGCCAGUUGAACCUCUACGUGAGAUUUGAAGAUGAAAGCUUUGAUCGCUUGCUUUGGUCAGCUAAGGAACCUUCAGACAGCUGGCUCAUAGCCAGCCUUGAUUUGCAAAACAGUUCCAAGAAAUUCAAGAUUUUAAUAGAAGGUGUACUAGGACAGGGAAACACAGCCAGCAUUGCACUCUUUGAAAUCAAAAUGACAACCGGCUACUGUAUUGAAUGUGACUUUGAAGAAAAUCAUCUCUGUGGCUUUGUGAACCGCUGGAACCCCAACGUGAACUGGUUUGUCGGAGGAGGAACUACUCGAAACUCCCACUCCAUUCUCCCGCAGGAUCACACCUUCAGGAAUGAACUGGGGCACUACAUGUAUGUGGACUCGGUUUACGUCAAGCACUUCCAGGAGGUGGCCCAGCUCAUCUCCCCCAUGACCACGGCCCCCAUGUCCGGCUGUCUGUCAUUUUAUUACCAGCUCCAGCAGGGGAAUGACAAUGUCUUCUCCCUCUAUACUCGGGAUGCGGCUGGCUUUUAUGAGGAGAUCUGGAAAACUAACAGUCCAGGGAAUCCUUCUUGGAACCUCGCUGAAGUGGAGUUCAGUGCACCAUAUCCCAUGGAGGUUAUUUUUGAAGUUGCUUUCAAUGGUCCCAAAGGAGGGUAUGUUGCCCUGGAUGAUAUUUCUUUCUCUCCUGUUCACUGCCAAAAUCAGACUGAACUUCCUUUCAGUGCCUUAGAAGCAAGCUGCAAUUUUGAGGAAGAUCUCUGCAAGUUUUAUCAAGAUAAAGACGGUCCAGGCUGGACCCGAGUGAAAGUAAAACCAAACAUGUACCGGCCUGGCGACCACACUUCGGGCUUAGGGUAUUAUGUGCUGGCCAACACAAAGUUUACAUCUCAGCCUGGCUACAUUGGAAGGCUCUACGGUCCCUCCCUGCCAGGAAACUUACAAUAUUGUCUACGUUUUUAUUACGCCAUCUACGGGUUUUUGAAAAUGAGUGACACCCUAGCCGUUUAUAUAUUUGAAGAGAACCAUGUGGUCCAAGAGAAGGUCUGGUCUGUUCUAGAGUCACCCCGGGGUGUUUGGAUGCAAGCAGAAAUCUCCUUUAAGAAGCCCAUGCCUACCAAGGUGGUUUUCAUGAGCCUGUGCAAAAGUUUUUGGGACUGUGGACUUGUAGCCCUGGAUGACAUUACAGUGGAAUUGGGAAGCUGCUCGUCUCCAGAGAAACUUCGACCUACCCCUGGAGAGUGUAAUUUUGAACAAGAUGAAUGUGCAUUUACUCAGGAGAAAAGAAACCGGAGCAGCUGGCACAGGAGAAGGGGAGAAACUCCCACCUCCUACACAGGGCCAAAGGGAGAUCACACUACUGGGGUAGGCUAUUACAUGUACAUCGAGGCCUCUCACAUGGUGUAUGGACAAAAAGCACACUUCUUGUCUGGUCCUCUGCGAGGAGUCACCGGAAAACACUGCUUAACCUUUUUCUACCACAUGUAUGGAGCAGGGACUGGCCUGCUGAGUGUUUAUUUGAAAAAAGAAGGUGACAGUGAAGAGUUCCUCUUAUGGAGAAGAAGAGGUGAACAGAGCAUUUCCUGGCUCCGCGCGCUUAUUGAAUACAGCUGUGAGAGGCAACACCUGAUAAUUUUUGAAGCCAUUCGUGGAGUGUCAAUAAGAAGUGAUAUUGCCAUCGAUGAUGUUAAAUUUCAAGCAGGACCCUGCACAGAAAUGGAAGAUAUAACUCAGCAAUCAUCAGGAUAUUCUGAGGAUUUAAAUGAAAUUGAAUAUUAAGAAAUGACCUGAGUUGGAUUAACUAAACAAAAGCCAUACCUCUCUUCAAUCAAAAUGAAAACAAAACGAACUAAUACUAGACAGUCUAAACUAUUUCAUAAGUUAUAAAAUGACUUGGGAGCACUCUUCUUCAUUACUUUUGCAAAAAAUACUGACUCAGGGCUUUUUUUUUUUUCUUUUGGCAUUUGACAACUGUUACUAGACAUACAGGCUGUUGGUUUUGCAUAGAUUAUUCUUAAUUUUGGUACCAGUUAAAAAUACAAAUGAACUAUAUUGUAGUCAUUUUUAAAGUAUGCAAAUAAAGGGCACAAUCAAAAUGAGAUGUGCUCACUUAAAUCUGCAUUCAAUGAAUGUAUUGGGAGGAGAAUAUGUCUUGUGGGUUUCUUUUUGAAUUUCAAAUAUAGUAAAUAUUUUUAAAAAAAUAAUGUGAGGUUUCAGUAAUAUCUGCAGAAUGAAUGCAGUUUUUCAUGGUAACAAGUUAGUCUAAGAAAAUAAAGUCUUAUUUUCUAUGUUUUAUUCAUAGAUAUAGAGUAUUAAUUUUUAAAUAUUUUUACUAUAUGUGAUAACAAAGGACCUUUCAUGGAUACCCCAGAGUAAGUCAGUAUUAAUUAAUGCUGUAAUAGAAGCAAUGCUACCAUCUUUUCCCCCUUUGAACUACUUUUAAAAGUCACUAUGAACACAUGGAUAGAAAUUGCACUCUUUUUGUAAAGCAAGCUUGACAAUGUUUAUGUACACAUACCCCAAAAUUUUUAGAAUUUUGCGUUAAACAAUUUUACUGAUUUUUAUAAUAAAUGUUUUGAGAAGGUUUUUAGUAAUUUGAAUGUCAGCAGAUACUAAACUACUGCUUUUUAUUUACGUGUUUAGAAAAUUGUAUAUACAUGUUUGUAUACCCAAACACCUGUUAUGGAAUUAUAAGAUUACCUAAUAAAAGGUAAUUUGAAAAUCUU